GCCGGCGGCAGAGAGGGUGCGCGGGGAACGGCGGUACCAUACGUGGAUCAAGAUGUGGCUGAGGGUGCUGGCGAUGGCGGCGGCCGCUCUGGCCGCCCCGCGGGAGCAGAUCUGUGGAUACGACAAAUGUCCGGCGGGUAAGCAGGACAUGUUGAACGUGCACCUGGUACCACACACACACGACGACGUGGGCUGGCUGAAGACCGUCGACCAGUACUUCUACGGAGCCAAGUCUGAGAUCCAGCGGGCUGGCGUUCAGUAUAUCCUGGACUCGGUGAUACAAGAGCUGGUCAAGGAUCCAGAGAAACGUUUCAUAUACGUGGAGACGGCGUUCUUCUGGCGCUGGUACCUGCAGCAGGACGAGCAGACGAUCGCCACUGUGGAGAACCUCGUCAACGAGGGACGGCUCGAGUUUAUCGGCGGCGGCUGGAGCAUGAACGACGAGGCCUGCGUCCACUACAACGCCGUCAUCGACCAAAUGUCGCUCGGCAUGAGGACGCUGUUCGACCACUUCGGGCCGUGCGGUAUUCCUCGGGUGGCCUGGCAGAUCGACCCGUUCGGACACACCAAGGAGCAGGCGAACAUGUUUGCCCAGAUGGGUUUCGACGGCUAUUUCUUCGGCCGUCUGGACUACGACGACAAGAAGCGGCGGAUGAACGCCUCGGAGAUGGAGAUGGUGUGGCUUGCCAGUCAGGACCUUGGCGAGACUGGAGAGAUUUUCACGGGCGCCCUCUACAACAUUUACGCUCCGCCCCCCGGCCACUGCUAUGACGUCAAUUGUAACGACCAACCAAUCAUGGACGACAAGCGGCUGAAAGAUUACAAUGUCGAUGAAAAGGUGGAUGAUUUUAUUGCAUAUUCCAAGAAGCAGGCAAAGUCGUUUAAGACGAACCACAUUGUCAUGACAAUGGGAGAAGAUUUUCAUUAUCAAGACGCCGGCAUGUGGUUUAAAAACAUGGACAAGCUCAUCAAGUACGUGAACGCCCGCCAAAGCGGCGGUGAGAAGGUCAACGUGUUCUACUCCACGCCUUCCUGCUACCUCAAGUCCCUGCACGACGCCAAACUGGUCUGGCCCACCGUCGAGGACGACUUCAUGCCGUACGCCAGCGAUCCGUGGGCCUACUGGAGUGGGUACUUCACCUCCAGGCCUGCGCAGAAGGGCUACAUCCGCAAGUCGAACAACUUCCUCCAGGUGUGCAAGCAGCUGACGGCGAUGAUGCAGACCGAGAGGACGUACGAGACUCCCAACCGGGUGGACUAUCUGCGCUACGCUAUGGGCGUCAACCAGCACCACGACGCCGUCACAGGCACUGAGAAACAGCACGUAGCCAAUGACUACAUCCAGCGCCUGAGCGAAGCCACCGACUCCUGCCAGGGCGCCGUCAAUGACGCGCUGACCCGGGCGGGCCUGCCGGUGCAGACGUUCUGCAAUCAUCUGAACACGUCGGUGUGUCACGUGACCGAGCAGAGCGGCAAGUUCGUGGCGUACGUGUACAACCCGUUGUCACGGAGCGUCAGUCCUUGGGUUCGAAUCCCGGUGGCCGGGGAUGCCUACACCAUUCUGGAUCCGGAAGGUCAGGCCGUGGCCUCCCAGCUGAGCCCCAUCCCGGCCGAGGUGCUGUCUCUACCGGGUAGGAACUCCUCGGCCGUUGCCGAGCUGGUGUUCCAGGCCUCUGACCUGCCGCCACUCGGCUUCAAGGGGUACUUCAUCCAGCCAGCCCCGGGUGCUGCCACCUCUCAGGUGUCCACUGAGCGGCCCGGCCUGCAGAGCCUCUCCAAUGGUCACGUGACCCUUGACCUUGACCCGGAGACCCUUCGGCUGGGCAGAGUUCGCGCCGGGAAGGCUGACAUUCAGAUAAACCAAACCUUCAUGUGGUAUGAAGGCUACGGAAACGCCAGUGGGUCCAAGUGGGAGCGUCCACAGAGGCCCACGGGCGCUUACAUCUUCAACCCCAAGGGCGAGGCUCAAGUGAUCGAGGCCAAGUCGGUGGUGACGCUGGACGGAGCUCUGGUGAAGGAGUACCGACACACGUUCGACAUGGACUGGGUCUCCCAGGUGACCCGGCUCUACAAAGACGAGCCCUUCGCUGAGGUCGAGUGGAUGGUCGGGCCCAUUCCCACCGAGGACGGCGUGGCCAAGGAGGUGAUCAGCCGCUUCAGCAGCGCUAUCAACUCCACUGACACCUUCUACACAGACUCCAACGGACGCCAGAUGAUGAAGCGUCGUCGCAACCACCGUGACACGUGGACCCUGAACGUCACGGAGCCGGUGGCCGGAAACUACUUCCCGGUUAAUUCUCGUAUCUUCAUCAAAGACGCCGACAGCCAGCUGACCGUACUCACCGAUCGAUCGCAAGGUGGCAGCAGUCUCGCCAGUGGCCAGCUGGAACUGAUGCUGCACCGCCGCACGGUGCAGGACGACGCGUUCGGCGUGGGCGAGCCGCUGAACGAGACCGAGUUCGGCGUGGGUCUGGUGGUGCGCGGUCGUCACUGGGUGGUGGUCAGUGACCCGGCCGACGCUCCCAAGCUGCACCGUGACCUCGCAGAACAGAUGUUCAUGGCGCCCCAGCUGAGCUUCGCCGCCGCCGACUUCAUGACGCCGGAGAUGUGGAGCAGCGCCAAGGUGAUCAAGCAGUUCACAGGCAUGCAGCCGCUGCCUGCCAACGUGCACCUGCUGACGCUGGAGAUGUACAAACCGAACCAGCUGCUGAUCCGACUGGAGCACCAAUUCCAGGCCGACGAGGAUCCCACGCUCAGCAAACCUGUCGACGUUAACCUCAAGGACCUGUUCACCACGCUGAACGUGACGUCAGUGGAGGAGUUCGGCUUGUCGGCGGACCGCCCCUUGAAGGACAUCAACCGCCUCCACUGGGACCACGUGCAGUCCAACCGGCUGCCCAAGAACUUCCGGGGCGCCGCGCACGAGGUGUACCGCAGCACCGGCGCCGAGCACGACCCGCUCACGGUGACCCUGAACCCGAUGGAGAUCAGGACGUUCGUGGCGUCAUACCAGAGCCCGUACCCGCUGCCGACCCCACCGGCCCAGCCUACCGAGUAACCUGAGGCCACGUCCCCGUGAGGGGUGACCUCAGCCGAGGUCAGGGGGUCACCGCUGCUGUGCAGGUAGUCCCACGCGUGUGUAUACGUGUGUGCGUGUAGUCACGCCUGGUUUCUGUGUGUACCGCUGUAGAUAUUUUCAGCUUUUGCGACGAUUCGUUCGCCCGCGCUAAUGGUGAAUCUGACGUGUGGUGGAAGUGGUGGAAACUGGGCGGAGAUGCGCUGAACCCUAAUUGGGCGCCGAAUGCCGAAGUUCUAUUGGUGUCUUGGCAAACCGGGCCGCAUUCCCAGAGUGGCCCAGUCAGAGAAGUGUUGCGGUGUUUUAUCGCGGAUCUUGGCACUCUUCAGCGUGGGGGAAAGCGAUAUAUCCAACAAUGCGCCGAAUGUAGGCAAUGUUUCGUUGCUUUGAAAUAAACGCGAGAAAAUGCUA